AUGGAAACUGAUAGUUCAUCUUCUAAGCCGGAUGGAUAUCAUGGCUUAGAUAGUAAGACUGAAGAACAUAUUAAAGCCCUCGCUCGAACACUUUCGCGCACUAGUCUGAACAGACAAAUCUCCCUCCAGGCAAGCGGAAAUGGCGCUUCUAAAUUUGAUGAAGUUAAAUCUAUCUUUAGUUCAAGUUAUUCUGGUGUAAAUCCAGUAUUCCUGGACCCCUCGGCGCCUGGGUAUGAUGCUCGACUCGAUCCUAACUCUGAGCAUUUUUCCUCCGCUGCAUGGGUCAAAAAUAUGGUCGCUUUCUCUAUGCAAGACCCAGACUAUUAUAAACAUUAUACCAUCGGAUGCUGCUGGAAAGACCUUCGAGCAUUUGGAGACUCAAAUGAUGUCUCAUACCAGAGCACAGUAACUACGCUUCCGGGAAAAUACUUGGGUAAAAUCAAGAGGCAUUUUACUGCAACUAAGGAGGAAGACGUUUUCGAUAUUUUAAAGCCCAUGGACGGUUUAGUGAAACCCGGGGAACUCUUGGUUGUCCUAGGGCGUCCAGGUGCCGGUUGCUCCACUCUCCUAAAGACCAUCUCCGCUAAUGUCGAAGGUUAUAGCAUUGACCCAAAUUCUACCAUAUCAUAUAAUGGAUUAGACCCAAAAGUCAUUAAAAAACAUUUCCGUGGUGAAGUCGUCUACAACGCAGAAGGUGAUAUUCAUUUCCCCCAUCUAACGGUUUACGAGACGUUGAACAUUGUCGCUCUUCUAGCAACACCUUCCAAUCGUAUUAAGGGUGUGUCGAGAGAAGAAUUCGCCAAACAUAUCACAGAGGUCGCCAUGGCUACCUAUGGGUUGUCCCAUACAAAAAAUACAAAAGUCGGUGGUGAUUUAGUCAGAGGUGUGUCUGGUGGUGAACGUAAACGUGUGUCUAUCGCUGAGGUUACUAUUUGUGGAUCCAAAUUCCAGUGCUGGGAUAACGCUACCCGUGGUCUAGAUUCUGCAACAGCCUUGGAAUUCAUUCGUGCGUUGAAAACAAGUACCGAUAUCUCUGGUUCUACUGCUGUAAUAGCUAUCUACCAAUGUUCCCAGGACGCAUAUGAUCUUUUUGACAAGGUUUGUGUUCUAGAUGAAGGUUACCAGAUCUUUUUCGGAUACGCCAAGGAUGCCAAAAAGUACUUCGAAAAUAUGGGAUACGUUUCUCCAGCAAGACAAACCACUGCCGAUUUCCUAACAGCCGUAACAAACCCUGCUGAAAGAAUUGUGAACCAAGAUUAUGUUAAAGAAGGGAGAUUUAUUCCAUCCACUGCUAAAGAAAUGGAAGAAUACUGGAGAAACUCACCAGAAUAUAAGCAACUUCAUGCCGAUAUCGAAGAAGAGUUGAGUAAAGACUCCGCUAAGAACUUUCAGCAAUUGCAGGAAUCACAUGUAGCAAAACAAUCCAAGGGUCAAAGAAAAGGCUCUCCCUAUAUUGUGAACUAUCGUAUGCAAGUGAAGUACCUAACCAUACGGAAUAUUAUGCGUAUAAAAAGAAGUUUUUCAGUCACUUUGGGGUCUAUUUUCGGUAACAUAUUCAUGUCUUUGAUUCUUGGAUCUAUCUUUUAUAAAUCCAUGAAGCAUACCAAUACAAAUACCUUCUUUUACCGAGGAGCUGCCAUGUUUACCGCUGUUCUUUUUAAUUCCUUUUCCUCUAUGUUAGAGAUCUUCACCUUGUAUGAAGCAAGACCAAUUACUGAAAAGCACAAGAGAUACUCGUUAUACCACCCAUCAGCGGAUGCUUUGGCAUCAAUGAUGUCAGAACUGCCUGCAAAGAUUGUUACAGCAAUCUGCUUCAAUUUGAUCUUAUAUUUCAUGGCUAACUUUAGAAGGGAACCUGGUCCUUUUUUCUUUUACUUCAUGAUGAGCUUUUUGGCAACUUUAGUGAUGUCCUCCAUUUUUAGAUGUAUUGGUGCUGCUGCUAAAACAUUGUCUGAGGCAAUGGUGCCAUCAUCAAUAUUGUUAUUAGCUAUUUCAUUAUAUGUCGGUUUUUCUGUUCCAAAAAAGAGUUUGUUGGGGUGGUCUAAGUGGAUCUGGUAUAUUAAUCCAGUAUCUUAUGUCUUUGAAUCAUUGAUGAUUAAUGAGUUCAAUGGAAGAGACUUCCCAUGUGCAGUAUUUAUACCAUCAGGUCCUGGGUAUGAAAACGUCAGCGCCACGGAAAAAGUCUGUAAUACUGUUGGCUCAAAACCAGGCUUACCUUAUGUCUCAGGUAAAGAUUUUAUUGUACAAUCUUAUGGUUAUGAUCCUUCCCAUAGGUGGAGAGGUUUCGGUAUUGCCCUUGCGUAUUUCAUAUUCUUCAGUGCUGUCUACUUGUUAUUCUGCGAAUAUAACGAAAGUGCAGUACAAAAGGGUGAAAUCCUAGUGUUCCCUAAAGCAGUCCUCAAGAAAGCUAAAAAAGAAGCUCUUUCAAGGCCAAAAUCCGAUGUUGAAACAGGUGAAGAUCCAGAAGGUGGGAUUACAGACCGUAAGCUCUUACAGGACUCGCAGGAAGAUUCUAAUGAAUCCGUAGAUGAGAAACAGUCGGCAAUUGCGUUAGAGAAAUCAGGAGCGAUCUUCCAUUGGAGAAAUGUCUGUUAUGAUGUGCAAAUCAAGAAAGAAACCCGUCGUAUUUUAUCAAAUGUCGAUGGUUGGGUGAAGCCAGGAACUUUGACAGCCUUGAUGGGUUCUUCCGGUGCUGGUAAAACAACUUUGUUAGAUUGUUUGGCCUCGAGAGUCACAAUGGGUGUCAUCACCGGUGACAUGUUUGUUAACGGUCACUUACGUGAUAAUUCUUUCCCACGUUCUAUUGGUUAUUGUCAACAACAGGAUCUACACUUGUCAACAGCUACCGUUAGGGAAUCCUUGAGAUUUUCAGCAUACUUACGUCAGCCAUCGUCGGUUUCUAUCGAAGAUAAGAAUAGAUACGUAGAGCACGUCAUCCGCAUGUUGGGGAUGGAAAAGUAUGCUGACGCUGUGGUAGGUGUUACUGGUGAAGGUUUGAAUGUCGAACAGAGAAAGAGAUUGACUAUCGGUGUAGAGUUGGCUGCCAGACCUAAAUUGUUGUUAUUCUUAGAUGAGCCGACGUCUGGUUUGGACUCUCAGACAGCCUGGUCAGUGUGUCAGCUAAUGAGGAAAUUGGCUGACCAUGGCCAGGCUAUUCUAUGUACCAUCCAUCAGCCUUCUGCUUUGUUAAUGCAAGAAUUCGAUAGGCUCUUAUUUUUGCAGAAAGGUGGUAAAACUGUAUAUUUCGGUGAUUUAGGCCACGGUUGCCAGACCAUGAUUGAUUAUUUCGAGAGAAAUGGAGCUCACAAAUGUCCAGAAGGUGCCAAUCCUGCAGAAUGGAUGUUGGAAGUCAUUGGAGCCGCACCGGGCUCAUCGAGUACUGUAGACUAUCACGAAGUAUGGAGAAACUCCGAAGAGUACAGGAUGGUACAAAAGGAACUUGAUUGGAUGGAAGUUGAAUUGGCAAAAAAGCCUAUGGAUACAACUGAAGAACAAAAUGAGUUCGCUACAUCUUUACCUUACCAGUUCAAAAUUGUCACUACACGUUUAUUCCAACAAUAUUGGAGAACACCUUCUUAUAUCUGGUCCAAAGCCUUCUUGACCGUCUUUUCGCAGAUAUUCAUUGGAUUCACCUUUUUCAAAGCAAAGCUGACUCUACAAGGAUUACAGAACCAAAUGUUUGCCACCUUUACCUUCACUAUUAUUUUCAAUCCUGCUUGCCAACAAUAUCUACCAUUAUUUGUUUCGCAAAGAGAUUUGUACGAGGCAAGGGAACGGCCAAGCAGAACCUUCUCUUGGCUGGCAUUUAUUUACUCUCAGAUAAUUGUGGAAAUUCCAUUCAAUAUCCUUCUAGGUACCGUUGCCUUUUUCGUUUUCUACUACCCAGUUGGUUUCUAUAACAAUGCCUCCUACGCUGGACAAUUACACGAGAGAGGUGUGCUUUUCUGGCUAUUCUGCGUUGAGUUUUACAUCUAUAUUAGUUCGAUGGCACAAUUGUGUAUUGCGGGGUUGGAACAUGCAGAAUCUGCAGGUAACAUUUCCUCUAUUCUCUUUACCAUGUCUUUGAUGUUCUGUGGUGUCUUUGGUGGACCAGGUGUCUUACCGAAGUUCUGGAACUUCAUGUACCGGGUUUCACCUUUAACAUACUUCAUCGAUGGUCUACUAUCUACUGGACUUGCAAACACUAAAGCCGUAUGUGCUGAUUAUGAGUAUGUCCAUUUCAAUCCUAAAUCUGGCCAAACCUGUGGUAAGUACUUGGCAAACUAUAUUAAGGCAUUCGGUGGAUAUUUGGCGAAUCCUGACGCUACCAACGACUGUAGCUACUGCAAAAUCUCAGAAUCAAACACUUUCUUACAGAGCUUCAAAUCAUCAUAUCAUAAGAGAUGGAGGAACUUCGGUAUUUUCCUAGUGUUUAUUGUUUUUGACUGGGCCGCAUGUAUGUUCUUGUACUGGUUAGCUAGAGUGCCAAAGAAGAAGAAUAGAGUCUCGAACGAAAGAAAUCCAGACAAACUUAACAACCAAGAGAACAAAAACAAGGAAGAAGUGUAG